AUGACCUCGCGGACCCCCAUGGGCGCCCACCCGCGGCCGCCUCAGCGUUCCGUGAGCUCAUCGUCGUUACCUGUCCAGCGUCCUCCUCCGCAGCGAUCAUUAUCCCACCAGCAGCAGUUCGCACCCGCAUCACCAGUUCGAAAAGACUCAUCAUUCAUCGAUCUUACCGCCGACGCCGGCGACGCCACUCCUAACCGUUAUAAUACAACACCACGAAGGGGAGGCUCACGUCUCCGACUUGAGCUAUCCCAUAAUGCUUCUGCCGGUUCUUUACCGACGACCGAAUCGCCACAAUCGCUUACUCCAUCGCGAAUGCCAAACUCCGACCCCUUUCAAGCGAUGACCGGCAGUCCAGCCGCUAGCGGCAGCGCAAGCUCUACCAUGAUGCCGAUGCCUACACGCAGGCCCGUAACAUCGCAGCCCAGAUCCGCUCCCCGAAUCACGACGACAGCGCCCGCGCCGGCAAAGAAGGACGCACGACCAAAACCGUAUACUGUCGAGAUCCCAUCUCUUGCGCCCCGAUACUUUUCAGCCAACCGAGCCGAGACGACUGUUCGAAACCCCAUCGAUCCUUUUAGUAAAGGUCUCAACUCUGGAUACGCCGAUUUCUUUCCUUGGCAUGGGCAGCAUCACGAAGACGAGUGGAGCAGCGAAGCCAUCACUAAGGGAACAUGGGACAAGGUGAACUUGAACGUCCCGGAAACUUCAUCCGCCAAGCUCGCUAUCUUCCCAGCCUUAAAGCAAAAGACAGGCUUAAAUGCUCUUUCGACUAUUUUUAUGGGCGUGUUGAAUCAGCGCAGACAUCGAGGUCAAAUCACAGCGCCUUCAACGUUCAAGCCACCGCCACGAGUCACACUUACCGAUACAAAAAGAGAGGUUUGGCUCAAGGACCUUGCUAAUCCAGCGAUAUCCCUAAGACGUCUCAGUCGAACUAUUCCUCAUGGUAUCCGAGGUAGAACAUUACUAGAUCAGUGCUUGAACAAAAACGUUCCCGCUGAGCGAGCUGUUUGGUUGGCGAAGUGCGUUGGCGCCAAUGAAAUAAGAGGGUUGAAGAGAAAGGGGGUUAACGGCGCCUUUGUCAUGGGUGGUGAACUGAAAUGGGCUCGCGAUUGGACUGUUUUUGUCGAGCAGUUUGUCGACGCCGUCGUUGCUGGGUUUGCUGAGAACGAUUGGAGAAACCGAGUUACAUAUGCUAUUCGUUUAGCAUCGAACCUCUAUUCCGAGCAGUUAUUAGAUCGAGAUCAUUACCUUGACUGGAUUGUAUCUGGCAUCGAGAACAGCCUCCAGUCACGAAUUCCUAUGUGGCUGCUAAUAGCUCAGAUUUACUGGAAAGACCUUCUCAGAUCACGCAAGUACGGGCGUCGGCUUGUUUUUGCCCUGCUCAGCCAUUUGCAUGUGAUCUUCAACGACCCUGACCAGGAUAUUCUUGUUCAGCUCUCUAAUAAACUAUCAACACUCCUCGGGACAUUGGUUCUGGCCAACCCGGAAAGCUUUAUCAACCCAGGCGCCUGGCCUCGAUACAAAGACACGCUACACGUGUCUUUGCGUUCGGAUCAUGAACCAACCCGAAAAGCAUUACAUACGAUCCACUCACGAAACUCCCGGUUGGUCGUGUCUAGCACUGCUUCUCCUCCUGCUGGCCGAAGUCAGCUAGUAAAGCUGCUUGAUGCUUCUCUAAAGGAAUGUAACGGCCAUCAUCUGGCGGCAAAAUGUUGGGAAACAAGCGAGAAUAAGCCUUUAAUAAUGAAGACCGUCGUUGAGUGGGCAACUUCGUUCCAUCGUCCAGGUUUAGCAAAGGUUUAUGCGGCGGCCCGUUUGAUUCGACAAUGGAGUCAAUUUCGUGUAAACCCCACAACGCCCAUUCUCGAGACCAUCGACACUAUCGCCAAUCAGGAUAACACACGGAAGAACCUCGUCUAUCAUCUUGUUACGGAACUUGUUAGGACCGGUCAUUUUUCUGUCUCCCAAUACAUGCAAUGGACUAUUGCUCGAGGUGGCUAUCACGACGAAGCAGAAAUCGAUCCUGUUUUCGGUCCCUGCUCCAGUAGACUCUUGGUUGAGCUACCACUUCACGCUUUGUCCGAGAAGAAGAGGGCCGAAAGAGGGAACCUGCUCAGACGAGCUGGCAACUACUCUAUCAUUGAGGAAGAGCAGGAUAUUGUCAAUGCAAUCAAGUAUGUUAGACAUACUGUGGGUCUUCCUUUGCCGCCAGGCGACCCAUUAUCCGAACGAAAACCCAUGUCCCUCAAGAAGCUACUUCAACGGAUAGGUAGCAGCAGCAGUGCUCUUAGGAGCAGCAUUGGUGCACAUCUGCGCGAUGUGCUUACUGGGCAGCUCACUUCCAAGAAUCACGCCACUCUACCUCUGAGCAUGUACAACUCCAUCCGAUCCAUUAUGGAGACAGCCGAAGAUUACACCAUGUUGUCCGAUGUUCUUGCAGCUUGUACCAAGACCGCCGACUCAGACGUCUUAGCAUCUGUUGCUGAUACUGUCCAUUCAAACUUACAAAUCUUCUCAACUUUGGGUAGUGCAGACGGCCUAUUUAAUAGCCUGGUCGAGCGCCUCAAGCUGAUGAACGAGGAGCAAGGAAUAGUUCCACGACCGUUACUCGCAGCUCUAUCGAGUCUCGCCCAACGCAUGGCUGGCCAUGAAGUCAUCGCCUCCCAACUACGUCAAGAGUUGCUCCAAAGCGACCGCAACAAUGCAAUUGAUGCGUGCUCACCAGUAUCCGACAUUGUGGCAGCCCCUGCUCAACACGCCGAAAACGAGUUGGCGGAGGACGUUGAGAAAACACUAUCCAGUGGAACACGAUUGGAUCCUCCAACAAUGAACAAACUUUUCAGGACGAUAAUCCCCGCGCUCGAGCGAGGUUGGUUGAAGGAAGACGAUACGCGUCGAGUAUUCGCUACAUUACUUGCGAGAAUACGAGUGUUCGAUGCUCACCACUUCGAUAAACUCAUGACAGAUUGGACAAGCCACAUCCGAUCCAUGUCUGGCCGAUCUCCUCUUACCAGUCUAUUCCCACUUCUUGUUAGCACAGGAUGUCUUGCGAUGCCUAUCAUCAUGAGCACCGCCAGCCCGCCAUCCGCCAGUCUUCAGAACUCGCCUUCCGAUCCCCCAACGCGACAGUAUGGCCCAGCGACAUACCUACAGGAGCUUCUGCAGCUUGUGAUCAUGCCACUCCCUGUGGCGACAGGACUUUCAGCAGAAGAAAGAUAUCGGUUCCAUACAGAGCAGAAGUGUGCUAAGUUUGAGCAGUCUAAAGGCCUCUUGAACCUUGUUCGCAAUGCUUUAUUGGAGUAUUCUACCUUGAGGACUCAAGCCAACGGCAUCGAGUUUCCUCUUGAUAACCCUGCAUGCCAAGAGAGCCUACUUGAGACUUUGCGAACUCUUGUGCUAGUGGAUUCCUCCGCCGUGUCGAAUGCUCUGGGCAUCAAGUCUCUUCCUGCUGAAGCCGUGGGUCUCGUGCGCAAAGUGACCACCAAGCUUCUCAUUCCCGGAGAUAGCGGAGAUACUCAGAUCUCGUUUGAUCAUAUUUUGCAGAUCGCCAAUGAGUUAACCCUUCCGUUCUGCCAGCUCAAACUAAAUCUGGACUUGUCUUUGCCGCAGCCUAACUCAAAUGACGGACAAGACCAGGGCUCAUCCCGCUUCGAGAUCUUUGCCAAGGCUAUGGACCGAGCCAUCGAGGCGGGCAACAUCAUGUGGACUAGCCUAUUGCCUUGCUUGAGCGAUGAUAUUACUCAGCACCUCAAGAGUCAGGCUCAAACGGGCUUUCUCGACUUGAUCCCUUCAUUGAAGGCGCCUGAAUUUAUCGACACUGGAUCAAGACAGUCACUUCGCAUGGCCGAGAAUUUACUAGAAGUAGUGGAGGCUAUCAUCUCGGGGCAGGCUCCUCCUAAGAUGGCACAGCUGUCGCUGGGAAUGGUUGAGAAGUUGACAGACCUAUGGGAGAUCAUUGCUGCAGGACCUCAGGAACGCCCGAAUUGCCAUGCCGCAGUACUGCAACACUGGCUGCCUGCAAUGCUUCGCUUUGUGACCCUCCACAGUCUAUCUUCUGAGCCCCCUUCAGCGCCGCUUCCCACCGCAUCGGCGACGCGACCUCCUAUCCCUCCCGUUCACGACAUUCGAGCUCGCAUCAUUCUUGUCCUAUGUGGCCUACUGCUUGAGCUGGAGACCUUGUCGCCCGCUAUAGUUGGCUCGCUCGCCCAGCAGGUCUUUGAUAUUGCGAUUCUGCUGGUGGACGCGCUUCCUGAAGACUUGCGGGCUAACUGUGCCAAGACCAUAUUGUUGACACCAGGUGGACUACCUAAUCAAGGGACCUCAUCUGACCCUCGACUUUACUAUCUCUUUAGUUCACUACCGCCAUCACUGUCAGAUAAUCUCAUGCUCUCCCACCGGGAGAAGGCAGGCACAGCUCAGGGCGCUGUCGCUCGCGGCAUGGGUGCGCAAUAUGGCAUUGGACCACUGGUUCAAGAACGCCUCAGUCCCUUUAUUCUUCGGCGCUGGGAGGUGCUUAGUGAGCCAACCCCCAACGUUGGUGAAAAUGACACAAGCUUGAGCUUAGGUCUCUUCGAGGCCAUCAAGCUUCAGUGA